AUGGCCGAUGAAAAGAAACGAAAUCCCUUUGAGGAUAUGCGACGCUCUGAUGAGGGAGAGGCAACAGAUCACCCUCCAGCAUACACAGCAGGGCCUUCAACACAACCAAGCCGAUCACCAGUACAAGAGGUGCCUUCUCAAACAAGCCACAAACCAAUCGCAAUUCCAGCCAUUAGCUCCUCAUCUGAUUCUCCUUUUAUCCGCGCAUAUCCACCCAUCCUAAAGAACCACCAACUCCCCAAGGAAUCCUUCCUCACCUUCCUCGACCAACUGAACAAAGAUAUAGCGGCCAGUCCGCCCCUGCAAGUCCUAGACGCAACAGGCGGGAUCUUGAAGUCCGUCCCGAUCCUAUUCCCGCUGCACUGGAUUGGCACCGCAGUCAGCGGGCUCGCGAACCUGAGUAGCCAAGGAAUGUCCAAAAGCCGUACGGACUCCUCCAUCAAACAAGCCAAUAAGGACAUCUUCGGUCCGCGCGGCUUGAGAGUUGAGAUUGCGAAGCUGGAUGCGCUGGCACAUGUAGCAAAGCUCCCUAUAUUGGAUUCUCAGGGCAAGAUCAAUCGGCAAGCAUCUCUGUUUCUACAACUCCAAAAUGAGGCUUCCAUGAGCAGGGCUGAGACCGACGAAAGGCAGCAGCAAGAGCUUAAUUUGCAGCGGAGGAUUGCGACUUUACAGCCCUGGAUUGCUGAGCUUGAAUUUGAGAUUUUGCCUUGGUCAUCUAAGUCUAAGUUGACGCGGUUCAACGCCUUGUUGAAGAAGUAUAACGAGCCGAGGGAUCAGGAGAUGAGAGACAUGGGUAGGCGAGGCGUCGUUUACAAUCAAGAGAUCAAACAGGAAGAAAAUCCUUUUAAGAAGGCUCUGUGGCUUGUUAUUCGGGAUGUUGAAAAUGAAAGGUGUUAA